AUGGGUGAACUUCCGAUUUUCACUUGUCAAGCCCAUGUAUUUACAAUUAACCCUCAAACAAAGAAGUCAUGGAUUCCGUCAAGCAGUAAAGCGGUCGAUGUUAACUUCUUUUAUGACUCCAAUAAACACUGUUAUCGAAUAAUUAGUGUUGAAGACUCUUCUGGUUCAAAAAAGGUUAUUAUUAAUAGUACAUUGACGGAAAAAAUGACAUUCAAGAAGACUUCACAAAAAUUCGGACAAUGGGCUGAUUCGAAAACUGGUGGAGUCCAUGGUUUGGGGUUCAGCUCAGAAGCAGACUUAACCAUGUUUAUCAAUCAAUUUAAACAAUGUGUAGAUUCAAUGAAAGCUCAAAUUCAACCAGAAGCAAAUAGUCCAUCUGGAAUACGUGUACCAUCAGAUUCAGUCAAUUUACCGAAAGACAAUUUAUCAAGCCCGUUACAAAAUGGUCAAAUUCAUCCACCAAUAUCGAAUAGUAGUAGUAGUAGUAGUAUUCCAGUUAACCAACCCACUACACCAACAAUAACACCUACAUGUUUAACGACUAAUUUUGUUACUUCACAUCAAAAUAUUUCACAAAAUUUAUCAAAUCCAUUAUCUAUACAACAUGUGAAUUCAUCAUCAUUGCCUGUAACACUAACAACACAAUCAUUAACAACAACUAAUGGACAAAAUGAAAUAUAUUCUAAUCAAUCUGUACAAAAUCAGUUGAAAUUAGCUCAAGCUCAAGUGAAACGGUUAGAAAUGGAGAUUAAUCAAUUAAAACGUCAAGCUAUGCCAGUAAUGGGUAGUUCAAUGAAUGGAUUAGUUUAUACAACAAAUUAUACUAAUAUUGAACCGGGAAUAUCAAUGGAUACCGUUGAUAGUCCUGAUCUACGAUGUGGUAUUGCACGUUUGGAAUUAGAUGGUACUAAUGGCGGUGGAAGUGCCGGUGUCAAUAGUAAUGGAGAAUGGAUUAACGAAUUGAGUAUUAGUAAUAAACCUAGGCCAGUUGGUACUAUUCAUCCUUCAUUGGUACAAGGUAAUCAAAACAGACUAUUAUGGAUGGAUCGUGCAUCACAAGAUACUAUACGAUCAUUGCAUAUACGUUUAGGAAAUGUAUUAAAAGAAGCCUUAGAAAUUCAUAAUCGUUUAAGUUCUCUUCUAUCAAUUCCAUCUGUAGAGUAA